GGCGUUCGGCGAGCGCAUUGCGUGUGGCAAAUCACCUACAAAGAAGGAAGCGAUUGCGCUUGCAUGUAUGCAUGCCGAGCUCAUCAUCGAUGCACUAGGACUUGCAUUGUAUCCUUCUGACAAGGAGAAGCAAGAGACUCAUGCGGAUGAGUGUCGAAAGGUAAAUCGCUGGUGCAGCGGGCCCUGUGGGUAUGAAUAUCACUUCACGAAGCCGUCUCCACCGCCCCUUCAGCUUGUUAAGGAAAGUUCUGUGAAGACGGCAGCCGAGGUGGACUCUGCGGCCUCUCUGGAAUCUGUUCUCCUGAGUCACGCUAAGGCAAUUGAGAAAUUUGAAAACGUCACGGAGCUGCAAAGAAUUGAUCCAGCUGCCCACCACAUUUUUGUGAGUUACAUGGCGCAAUAUCGGGAAGACGCGAAGGAAGUGGGUUCCCUAUUUUUUGUGGAGAGCCUUGGUGUGAAGGGCCACGAGGUUUAUCGGGCAACGGUAACAGUCCCUGUUCCGUUCGUGGCGGGUACAACGGCAUCUACAGGGUCGGCAAGUGUUCAUGAUGGUGAUGAUGUCGCCGUGUCAUCCUUUGUGGCCAUUGGAAUUGGUACAUCAGAGAUGGAGGCUGAAACCACCGCCUCCAUGCAUGCCCUCAGUGUGCUCAAAUCACUUGAUCGCCCGCUGUUGGGAAGUUCAACCGUCGGCCGAGAGAAGUUCCAGCAGCGUAAUCUUACCCGUGAUACAGUCAUUCCGCCGCCCUACCGCUAUGUUGUGGCUCAUCUCGGCCGCAUCGUGGUUCCAGGGCUCUCGCCAGCAAGAAACAUUGGUGGUUUACCGCUGGCUGCGCGGCAGCGUGGUUUUUCGUCAGAGUACCAUGAGGCGCGGAUUCAAGGCGCACGAGCGGGAUUGCCAAAGAGUGACUGGUCGUUGGAUGCCGAUGCGGAAGGAUAUAUCAUUCAAAACCCAAGCGUUAACGUGCAAGAGACUCGAAAUUACGUCCACACACUUCCCUCGGUCCGCCAGGCGGAUCGCUUUGCGCUAGUCCGAUUGAGGGACUACUUGGAGCGCCAUGGGAAGCGGUUGGAGGCCGCUGUGACGAGCUCUAUGCUUGAGACGGAUGAAGGACUGAAACGAUGGGUGAAAAAAGUUGUGCUUCCGGUCCCGGAGGCAUUUGGUCACGUUGUGGCACACGGGGAGGCUUACACGGAGGAGGAGGCUCUCGUUAUGUGCGCUGUGCAUGCCGAACUUCUUCUUGACGAACUCGGAAUUGCGCUUUACGAUCUUCAAGCUUUGCAGGAAAGGCACUGCGAUGCCGCCGGAAUGCUCGGUCGUUGGGCGCCGUACGAGACGCACUCCACGCGAAGGGCUGUGCCUACUCCUCCACCGGUGCGAAAGGAGCACGCGGACUCGUGCCUGUGGGCGCGCCUGUCAAAGGAGACAAGGAAGGAGGGCACAGCACCCUGUGGCGAGGGUAUAAAGCAAACAGUGUCAUCAACUCAUCCACCGGAUGGGAAUUAUAAGGCAGCAGACGGAGAGAAUCACACGGAUGCCACGGCAACGAGAAAAGCAGAAGUCGUUUCGCCUUCCCCAGGAGUGACGGACGACGCACUUUUCGACUUGGCGGGAUUAGUUUUUGUUCACCCCUCUGAAUUCUUUCGCCAUGCACCACGUUUGCUUGAAAGUUACUGUGGACGUCAAGGGGUAGAUAUUUCUCGCUGUAUGCGGCAAUAUAACGUCUGCAAUCCCCUUUACGGCUUUGUUCAUCGAGCCAUUAUGGAAAUACCGGUGCCCCCGCAAUUUGGCCGACGCUACGCCUUGGGAUGUGCUUUAACAAAGAAAGAUGCCUUUUUUUUAUGUUGCAUGCACGCUGUUUAUGUUCUCGGAGAACUGGGGAUACCUAUUUACAUUGGGCCGAAACAGGCAGAGUAUGCGGCUAUCGCGAGGUCAAAAGGACGCCAUGCCCCAAAUCCUGGUGAUCCGUUGAGACCCCCGAAUACGAAUUCACCGCCAGGCUUAAAAAGUCUUCCAGACAUGCACAUGGAGAAGCCGCCGUUGCCGAGACCCCCAAAUCGUAGAGAAUGCCACAAGUCACGCGUAUGGCAAGGUUACGUGACGGCGUGCCGUGGAUACAUAAAGAAGAUGAAGGAACAGGUUGUAUGGGAUGCUCUUUUUACUAAGGGGAAAGCGCCAAGAAGUGGUGUGGAUCUAGAGGAUAAUGGCCUUGACGUCGUCGAAGCCCUGCCACUCUUCACGAACGUCAAGUCUAGGUUGCCACAAAAGUGUGCUGCUGCCCGACUACCGGCACCGCCGCCCUUGUCAUUUCGCUUUGAAGUCUACGGCCGACCCCCACACCGACGUUAUUUGGUUGAGCAGCCAGUUCUUGGCACUCCGUUUGUGGCUCGUGGAAUGGGUGAGGAAGGACAAGAGGCCGUGACGCGGGCGGCGAUGCACUACGAAUACAUUUUGGGGAUAAUCAGUGGCACAGUGCAGGGGAAUUCAGAAACAGGGAACUUUUUGAGGAACCGGCAUGGGGAUCUAUUUGAUCCCACUCUUCGCGAUUUUACACCACGUGGAAAGUUGGCCAACAUGGCACUCCACUCAACGUUACGAGCCCCAUUUUGCCACUACGUCUGA